UGCGAUAUCGGACCGUGACAAGCUUUGUGCUGCUGUCAAUCAGUAUCAAUUCACCCGCGAUUGAAUUUGAGCGAAAGCGAGAAAAAAAAAAAAAGAAGCUGAACGAAGGGCCUCCAUUUGAGCGGACGUGAUAAGAUGAGACUUCCAUUUGCCGGUCUCGCCAUCUCGGCGCUGCUGGGAUCUUCUGCGGCUGCUUCUAUUCACGAGCGCCGUCACAACCAUGCGCACUUCCAUCGCAGCCCCGAGGAAGCUGUUUCUGUGGCCACGGCUACCGAGGAGGUUUCCUAUGUUUACACCACCUUUGUCUCCACCUGGUAUGGAGAACCAGGCUUGGUUCAGCCUUCCACCGUGACAGAGACGACCUCCUCGUUGACCACGACCAUUCUUAAGCCUACUGGCACUUCAUACUACACCGCCACCGUGACGGUCAGACCUGUCAACAGUUCCACUGCCUCGCCUUCCUCGACGCAGUCUGUCCCCGCGUCCUCUGCGAGCAGCAGCUCCUUCUCUUCCUCCUCUUCUGUCGCCUCCAGCGCCCCGGCCAGCUCCUCGGUCGCUCCUUCUUCUUCUUAUUCCUCUAUCUCCAGCUCCGCGGUUGCUGCUUAUUCUUCUUCUUCUUCUUCCUCUGCCGUCUCCUCGAGUCCCAGCGCCAGCUCCGCUCCCGCAUCGUCUUCCGCUUCUUCCAGCCCAGCUUCUUCAAGCAGCAGCGCUUCUUUCUCCUCUUCCGUCCCUGCGUCUUCUUCCACCUCCGUCGGCUUCGCUGGCGCCAAGGCCGCCUUCAAUGCUGCCGGUGAUUCUCAGGCCAGCUCUAGCUCCUCCUCCUCUACCCCCUCUUCCUCGUCCUCCUCUUCCAGCUACGUAGCUUCUCCCAGCCCGACCUCGUUCGCCACCAGCUACACUAAAUCUGCUGCCUCUUCAUCGGCCGUGACUUCAGCCUCCACCUCCACUUCCACCACCUCCUCCUCAUCCUCUUCUUCUCCCUCCGCCUCAUCCAACCCCGGCACCAUCAGCUCCAACGGCAACCAAUGGGCCAUCACCUACACCCCCUACGACUCCAACGGGGGCUGCAAGGACGCUGGCACCGUCGCCAGCGACAUCUCCGCCGUCAAGCAAGCCGGCUUCACCUCUGUGCGAGUCUACAGCACCGACUGCAGCACGCUGGCCCACGUCGGCUCCGCCGCGCGCCAGAACGGCCUCAAGCUGGUCCUCGGCAUCUUCAUCUCAUCCUCGGGCAUCUCCGGCGCCGGCGACCAGGUCUCCGCCAUCGAAGACUGGGCCCAGUGGGACCUCACCGAGCUCAUCGUCAUCGGCAACGAGGCCGUGUUUAACGGCUACGUCUCCGCCUCCGACCUCGCCGGCUUCAUCACCUCCACCAAAUCCCAGUUCCAGCGCGCCGGCUACUCGGGCCCCGUCACCACCACCGAGCCCCUCAAUGUCCUCCAGUCCAACGCCGACACCUUCUGCAAUGCGGUUGAUGUCAUCUCCUCUAACCUCCACCCCUUUUUCAACUCCCAGGUCUCUGCCGACAAGGCCGGCAGCUUCGUCGCCUCCCAGUUCCACGUCCUCGAGCAGCUCUGCCCCAAUAAGCCCGCGUAUAACCUCGAGACUGGCUGGCCCUCGUACGGCACCUCGAGUAAUGGCGCCGCCGUCCCCGGUGAGCAGGAGCAAAAGACGGCCAUUGCGGCCAUUGCCAAUGCCGCUGGAAGCAGGAGUGUCAUGUUUUCGUUUGAAAACGACAUGUGGAAGCAGCCGGGCGAGUUUGGCGUCGAGCGUUCGUGGGGCUGCCACACGCUCUUUGGAUAGAUUGCGGCUAUACGUUAGUCUGUUCUCGUCUGUCCAUGUUUCGCCGUCUAGAGCGAACAGUCCUACCAGUGUUCGUGCUCUUGAAUCUUGCGAAACUUGGAGAUUGAGUAACACUUUUGUAGCUCUUGGUACAACUUUAUUACCCCUGUUUUUUUAAUUUUUCAUUUUUAAAUAUAAUUUUAUAUACCUACAUGUAUA